AAGAAAACUCUGGGGGCGUGGAUCUUGAAUCUACUGGUACCAGCCACGGGCGCUCCCACAUAUACAUUUGAAGAAGUUCUAACAGAAGACAGGAGUGUUUUUGCCAAUAAUGCACUAUAACGUUGGAUGCUGAUAAACCCCAUCCCAGAAGAAGAAGAGUGCGAGUUGUUGAUUGAUAGAUAUCGGUUGGGGAUAUCCAUGUGUUCAGCUGAUCUGCCGUAUGUGAAAGAGAGAGGAGCGGGGCACACUUUCUAAUUGACCUAUCACAAUUGAACUUUUGCGUAUGGUGCCCCAUAUGCUUGUAAUGCAGCCCAACUCAAUGUGCUGGGACGGAUAGAACUGACACAACAUGGAUAACGCCUGUGAAAAUGCCAGAGCAAGAGAAUGGAAUAAUGAUGAUGGAUACAGCCGCCAUAAUAUGGCUCAGUGGGAAAGUGCUCCCCCUGCUGGUGAAAGACAGUACCUCAUCCAGCAGGAAAGGGAACGCCAGUGGCUGAACCAUGAGAAAGAAGCUGCCAUACGGGCCCACUACAACUCCCUUAGACAAAACUCUCCAAUGGACUUCCGUGGACAUGGGGCACAAGAGACCCAGCCGCCGCAUCUGUAUCAUCAGGACCAUCACAGAAUGGCUCCGAGUCAGAACAUAAGGGAUUGGCCAAAUCUCUAUGGACCCCUGAGAGGCCAGGCAUCCCCUAAUGUAACCUUACACCGCAGUGGAGAGAUAACAGAAACAUGGGCUAAGCAUGAACCCCACUUCCCCAGCUAUGAGUUUUUGCCCCCACUCAUUGUCGAAAGAGGGCAUGAGGAUAUAACCCAUCACCAUAAAGCUGACUGGGAUUAUAUGGUUGGUCGAAUAGUGAAUUAUAACAAUCUCCAUUGCUUGGAAAGCAAAUGGCAGAUGUUAGAUCCCACCCAUUCCAAUGGACAUGCUAGAGGACAUUUUAAUGAACAUUCAAGGGGACAUUCUAAUUCCUAUUCCAGGGUUCAUUCUACUGAAUGCUCAAAGGGAAGUUCUAGGGGUGGGUCUAGUGGAUGUUCUAGGGGUGGGUCUAGUGCACGUCCAAGGGGUGGCUCUACUGCAUGUUCUAGGGGUGACUCUAGUGGACGUUCUAGGGGUGGCUCUAGUGGACGUUCUAGGGGUGGCUCUAGUGGACGUUCUAGGGGUGGCUCUAGUGGACGUUCUAGGGGUGGCUCUAGUGGACGUUCUAGGGGUGGCUCUAGUGGACGUUCUAGGAGUGGCUCUAGUGGACGUUCUAGGGGUGGCUCUAGUGGACGUUCUAGCGUCCAUUCCAGCAGGUCUCCCAGGCUGGACUUCCAGGCUAAGCAUGUCAACCCUUUUCAAACUAUGACCAACAGUUCUACAGACAUUCAGAACGCCAACAUCACUCCAACUGUUCCUAUGGUCAACAACAAACACAGUGAAACAACAUCAGGUUAUACAACAGGUCCUGCGAGAUAUUCUACAUCACUUGUGCAGACCUUUACUACGACUGCACAGCAGUGUGUUUUUACGGAUUUCCCUUCCACGGGAGGUACAGAAUCUGGUGUUGUUGACCUAAAAGCAGCCCAGGUAACAAAUGCAGACACCCAUGGUAUACUAGGACCUAGUGUUCCUUUCCAAGCCAUAACACAACAUACAGAUCAUCUUCCUGGCAAUGCUGCUCUGGUUUCUCACACACAGACCUCUACCACCCCUGAACAGCAACCUGCUUCCUCUCCUUCUCUCACUGACACCCAUUGGGAAAAACCUCAUAAACAUAAGAUCUCACUCAAGGAAAUACAGCACUGGCCCCAGAGUGUUUUAAGAUCAAAAAAUGGACCUGUAAAUGGGAAUAACUCAACACAAGACCCCUCUCAGUCCCUACAAUUCAGCACAGAGAAGAUGUAUGUUUUACAAGCAGGCAAAACACAACUACAUCUAAACACCAAAGACUACCAGGCGAGGCCCCCUGAGAGGUUUAGUGAUGAGGACUCCACUAUACGGCUGGAGAUUAAGUCCACACCCAGGUACAUGACCCUGACGGCAGUCGCCACCGCUCCGCCGCCCCCCGUGGCUAUCGUCCCGCCAAUGGGUCCACAGCAGUCCCCAGAGCCCAUGGAGACAGAGAAUGCAGGCAAUGAGCUGCCAUUUAAGAUUUUACAGACCUGGUCCAUCAACGAAAAACAGGCGGAAAACCUGUGGGAAAGAGCUAAAGAUGAUGCAAGCUCUCUCUCUGUCCUAAAUGAGAUGGUUCAAGUUGAGUGUCUUCUGGAGUGUGAUAAACCUGUAGAUGCAUCUGCAACAAGUUCAAUGGCAUCUACAGGAGAGGACAAUGAUGAGGUCCUUCAGGUCAUCACACAAAUGGACAAGAGUUCACCUUCACCAUUUGUCCACACCAACCCUCAGGCAACUGAUAUUGUAUGCAUCGGUGGUGCCCAGAUAAUCGUGGAAGGUAGCUCUAAUGUUGCAGAUGAGAGCACUCUUGAUUUGUUCACAAUUGCUGAAGUUCAGUUCAAGUUAUGUGCGCUGCAGAGACUGGUUACUUAUCUGGAGAGUGCGACAACAGUCACAGAGGCAAAGGAUGGUUGUCUCGAGGCCAUAUUGGAGUUGUAUUGGGGAGGGGAUACUACUAACCUGUUAGAAGCUUUAAAAGAUCAAAUGGAUGAGAAAAUCAUGCAGGAUGUGUCUGCCUGGGCCGCAGAGGAUGAGAAGGCAGUGGUUCUCUUUGCAGUCAGUGGUAUAUCACUAGGGGAAGUGCUCGAGAAGUUUCCCAUUCCAGUACAUGUUGACACCUCUUCCCAAGUGGGUUAUAGGUCAUCAUGGUUAAAUGUCAACGAGAAGCUGAAUGACAUUGACAAAGAUUCUGGAAGAGCUUGGUCUCUGUGGUUCAUACCAGAUAAAGCAGAGGACAGUUCCAAAGUGGUUGGGGGUGUCCAGAUGGAUGAGACCUUCCACAGCAAGAUAGAGACUGUGGAAUUUCCUGCAGAAGCAACAGACUCAGACCUCACGAUGGACACAGAGCCCCCAACAAAUACAGACCUCACGAUGGACGUAGACCCCCCAACAAACACAGACCUCCCAACAAACGCAGACUUGGAGACAGAACCCCUUUCCCCAAUGAUUUUGACCGUCCUCACACCAGAGGAUGCUGUGAAACUGCUUGCUGAAACAGAGGCACCAGACACAGACCUCAAAACGGUCGUAGACCUCACAACAGACUCGGACACAGAACCCCUUUCCCCAAUGAAUUUGACCAUCCUGACAUCUGAGGAUGCCAUGAGACUGUUUUGCCAGAUCGAGAAUGAUUCUGACCUCCAAUUCGCGUCCCCUAAAUCCUGCUCUAAAAACAAAGAUAAAACACAGACAAAGCAACUAGAGAAUAUAGAAAGUGGCAGCUUAGAUAAGUCCUGCUACUGUCCUUGUGGUAUUGAAACUGACAAUGGGUUUGAAAUGGGCCUAUGCUCCAGUUGUCAGAGAGAGAAAGGAUUGCAGCAAGGUACAAGAUGCAUAACAAUCGCUCACUGCUUUACCAUGUCACGUACAAAUGAUCAGGAGACAGAGGUCCCUAAGGACUCUGGGGGGAAGGUGACUGUUGACAGUCAAUGCAGGGACAAGAAGCAGAUACAUUCAACUGAAGAAGAGGGUGAUGACAAUAAGACACAGGGUGAAAUGCAGCAAUGGACAGGCGUCAUACCGAUCAUUGACUUUUUUUUCUGGUCAGAUACAAGUGAGGAUUCAGAUCAGGAGACAGAGGAGAGCUAUAAUGAACAACAUGCUCAGAUUGAGACUCAUGCUUCUAAUGUGAAAAGGACAGAGCCUGAAACUGAUGCCAAAGCACCAUGUGGGUCAGCCCAAGAACGUACGACCCAAAGCAAAGUCAGUCCUGGUUCUGAGGAUAGGGAAAUAUGGCAAGAGAAGGACCAAGACUGCAGGACGAGUACAUUACCACUUCCCAAGGUUGAAAACCCCUCUAAGUUAAGAGCUAACAUCAUAGCAGACAACUGGUUUUCACCUAUAGAGGUCUGUGGUUCACCUGUAGAAAAGUGUGACAAAGUUGCUGACUUUGUCACUCAAUACAAAACCUGCAAGUCAAAGAAAAAAGUACAUAAAAAAAUGCAAAAGGAGAAGACCCUCCAUCCAAUGUCAUCUGACAGGCAAAAGCACAAGAAAAGCUAUGGGAGAGCAGAGAGGGGAAGGACACCAUCCCAAACCGCUAAGAGCUCUGGGUUGAAGGCAACUGUGGAUAAUCAAUGCAGGGACAUGAAGCCACAUGCAUCACACAAGAAGAUACAUUCAACUGAGAGUGAUGAAAAUCGAUGUAAAGACAAGAAGAAGGGAUCAUCAACUGUGAAAGAGUGUGAGGGCUGUCAAUCCAGGGACAAGAAGCCACCGAAGAGGAGACAUUCAACUGAGAAAGAGAGAGAGGACAAUCAAAGUAGGGACAAGAUGUCACAGAAGAGGAGAAAUUCAACUGAAACUGACGGCAGGAACUCAGACUCCAAAGAGUUACAGUGCCAGUUGGUGGACAUAGAGAGGGCCAGUGGAAACUCACUCCCGUGCCCUGGGGCGAAAACCCUCCAUGUGCAGGGAUCCUCAACCACCACCAUUCCUCUCAAAAUCUCCAUAAACAUCCCCAAAAAGCCUUCCAUAAACGCCUCACCCUCAAAACAUAUUGAAGUCCCCAGAAUGCCAAAGACAAAAGCCCAGAACAAAACUAACAGACACUGCUCCCCUGCAAAGUCAAUGUCUCCUGUUGUCAAAGAGCGGCAGAGGAACGACAUCAAACACAAGCAAAACAUUCAAUGCCAAAAAGUCAGAUUGAAAAAGCUGUCCUUACCCAAACAUCUUGUCAGGAAAGGUUCUCCCCCAAGCCGGAAGAGUGAGGAAGAUUCUCCACCAAGCCGGAAGAGAGAGAAAGGUUCCCCACCAAGGCAGAAGAUGGUGGCGGAUAGAGGAGAGUCUGGGGGUUUAGGGAUAAUGGUCUCUAAGAUUCCUGACUCGUCCAAGAAACUAAAACCUACGGCAGAGAGUGACUUGACAUCCCAACAGAAAUUGACACAGAUUCCGAAGGUGUUGAAAAAGAAUGAGAAAGAAAGGUUGUCAAAAAGUGAGUUUGAGUACGACUUGCUGCCCCCCAAGCCAAAGCUGCCAAGGAUUCCGAAGCUUCCGAGGACUCCAGAGGUUUCAAAGGAUUGGUGUGAGAGAGAGAACAGAGGAGAGACAUCUCCCAGUGCUUCACCUGAAUCACAAACGCUGAACAAAUCUGCAAGAGUGACACACAAGCCCAAACCUUUUAUCAAGCCUGCCAGGCCCAAUGGUUAUAGCCCAGGUAGUCAUGCUUGCCCUAAUCCGGCCAGGUUAUCACCGGAACAUGACAACCGCCAUUUUGGGGCAAAAGUCUCUGCGAGGCAGCAGGUGUUCUCAGAUUGGGACAGCAGCUUUGUCCCGACACCAAUCCCCCGGACUCGCAGGCGAUCAGGGUGUCCUCCAGAGGAAGUGGAAGGUUCACAGGCCAGUCCCAGGUCCAGCUCGGAGACCAGGAUCAUCCGACCCAUUCUAAAACGUGUCGAUGCUCCACCAAAACCCAAGCGGAACAUCAGCUUUCCUUUGAAUCCAAGGAAAGUGCACUACUUCAAGCCCUGUGAAUAUGAAAAUUACGCCAUGUUCAACAGGUCUUACACAGAUCCGGAAGAUGCACAGCACUCUGAUGAUGAAGAGGAAGAUGCUUCUGUGAACUGCCAGAACAAGAAGAAACAGCCCCCCAUUAUGGAAGCGAAGCAGCAAGAUGUAGGGGAGCUGAAGCCUGGACCAAGCGGUUUAUGUGAAAAGCGCUUCAAAAGGAAGUGGGAAAUGCAGGAGCCUGCUGCCAUUUUGAUGAAGGAGAGCAUUGUUCAGGCAAAGCAUUGGACGAAGUCUCUACAUCAUGAACCUACGAAAGACUUCAGACACUCAGCAAAAAUAACUGGAGUUGGUUACAUCAAGUCCGAGAAGCAGAAGAGGCCAAAUGAAAUUGAAGGUUCCUCUCGGAAUUCAAGUCCCCGUCACGGUCACCAUCCAGCUUCCUCUCAGAAUGCAAGUCCCCUUCACGGUAACCAUCCAACUGACUCUCUGCAUGCAAGUCCCCGUCAUGGUCAUCAUUCAGGUUCCUCUCAGAUUGUAAGCCCCCCUCGUGGUCACCAUUCAUCCUCCAGCCAAGGGAAAAGAAUUGAGCCAACGGCCAGGCACCAUGGCUUUCCGGUGGACGAAUGGAACGAGCGGUGGUCAGAAGACAGACGUGAUUCGUAAGCCAAUCAGUCGGCCAUGACAGGAUACACCAGACAGUACAAUAGUUGAUGCAACCUGCAAAGACAAUGACAUCGUGCCUAUACUGUUUAAAAAAAACUUGAAACACUACAGACAGUGCCUAAAUUUAGGCUACAUUAUGCAGUUUACUUUUCUACAUGUUUUUAAAUUAAUAAAUGUCUUAUUUCUCUCCCUAUAAUAAGGUUGGUUAUCUGCGGUUGAAACAGUCAGAAGUGUGUAUUAUAUACCAUGUACAUUGUUACUCUUGACACCUAACAUGCUGACCAAACCGCCCGCUUGCGUGGGUACGCCAUCGCGUGCAAGUUGAUUUUGUUCACCCACACCAGAAGCGAUGAGGACACGCAGGUUGAAAUAUCAAAACAAACUCUAAUUAGAUUAAUUUGUGGACAGGUCAAAAAGCAUUAAACAUGUAUGGCAAUUUAGAUAGCUAGCUUACUGUUGCUAACUAAUUUGUCCUG